CUGGUAGCCAAAACCAAUUGCAGAACUGCUUUGCAAGAAGAUCUUCGAAAGUACAGGCAAUCGAAAAUUUUGGAAGCAGCACGAGGUAGGAGAAGUCUAAAACCACAGGGACCUUCUCGCUAUCGUCUUCCGCUGGCAACAUUACUACACGAAGACGGGACUCCCACAUCUUCACGACAAAAGAUGGAAUCGAUCACGAAGAGAUUUUACACCAACCUCUUUCGCUCGUCAACACCAGUGUCAAACCCUGCUGAAGUACGCGCCGCAAUCCAGACCAUGGAGGCUUCGGGAUCGGACCAUGUUUCGGUCGGCCUCUUACGAGCUGGAGGACAUCGCCUACACGAGAUACUUGUGGAACAUCUAACGUCCUACCUUCAAAAGGAAAGGAUCCACGACCAGUGGAGAACCUCCCGAACAAUCCUUCUUAGAAGGGCGCUAGGGAGAAUCUUCGGGACUACCGUCCAAUAUGCCUGCUGA